CUGAAGGAGGAGCAGCUUCUGCUCUGUCCCACUAGGCGGAAGCAGGGCUCGGUCUUUACCUCCAUCAUCCCUAGUAGUAAGCAGGGGAAACAACCAUUGCGUAGUGUGGGGAAGCUUUCCCCCCAACCUGUGUGAUGAGUGUUGCAGGGCUCAGCUGUCCCUCCAGUGCAAUUGCAUGAAGACUGAAAUUCCAGGAAACGUUCUGGGUUUGGCUGUUGAUUUAUUUUAUGUUAUUCUCCUUCAUCCUGUGGAUAAUUCUUCUUUGGGACUAGUUAUUUUUUAACUUGCUUUCCCUGCAAACCAAACAGAGGGGCGUGCGUCUGCAAGAGGGAGCAGAAGUUAUUAAGAAGCUAGAUCUGUCUCUCUGAGUGAGCGAUACAGAGAAGGCCAUGUCUGCAGGAGGAAGUAGAAAGUUAUGUACUGUAGCUAGGUAAUGGUGUGCCCCUCUCUCUAAGUGAAGGGCAUUCUGUACAAAACACUGCAUCUCCAGGGAAGAGCAGAAAGUUAUACAGAAACUAGACCACACUGUCUGCGUGUGUUGUGCAGAGCAGAUCAUGGCUGUGAGAGGGGAAAUAAGUAUUUACAAACUUUGGCUAGCACAUGCAUGUUCACUUCUGUAAGAGUUUUCCACAUGAGAAAGUGGUUUUUGGUUCCCCCACCUCCCUUGAGUUACGUGUGCUCAGAUUAGACUAAAGAUGCUUGAAUAAUAAAGAGAGGGUGGUUGUGUUUGCUUGGUAUAAAAAUGGGGCAUAAUGACCAUAUGUUUAAAGUUCUCAUUAUUGGAGAUGCCACGGUUGGGAAGACGUCGCUGGUCCAGCGAUAUGCCAACGACAGCUUCAACAAGCACUACAAAUCCACCGUGGGAGUGGAUUUUGCUCUGAAGGUGGUACAGUGGUCAGAGUCCGAGACGGUACGACUUCAGUUAUGGGAUAUCGCAGGGCAGGAACGCUUCACAUCCAUGACCCGGCUGUACUACAGAGAGGCAUCGGCCUGCAUUAUCAUGUUUGAUGUCACUAACUUCAGCACAUUCAGCAACAGCCAGAGGUGGAAGCAGGAUUUGGACAGCAAGCUCACGCUGCCAGAUGGAAGCCCGGUGCCCUGCUUGCUGCUGGCUAAUAAGUGCGACCUUUCCUCAUGGGCGGUGACCAGGGAAGAGAUUGAUCGGUUCAGCAAAGGGAACGGUUUCUCUGGCUGGACUGAAACAUCUGUCAAGGAAAACAAGAAUAUUAACGAGUCUAUGAGAGUCCUUAUUGAAAAGAUGAUGGCGUCGUCCACGGGUGAUGGAGACCUCUCUGUUUCUGGCCGCGGGGAUUAUAUUAACAUAAAAGAUGCUUCCCCACCUGGCUGGGGGUGCUGUUAGCUAUGCUCCCUUCUCCGUCUGCGUCAGAGCAAAAGGGAAUGUCUUUUUCACUGAUAUUGGCUGUAUUAAGUGAUGAAUUGUCUCCUGUUCAGCACACACUGACUCUCAGUAAAGCAUUGCUGUCAA